UAGGAUUUAGGGUCCGGAUCUAAAGAUCGAUCGGCAUCGAAUUUUGGCACGAAAAAUAUUCGGUCGGCCCGGCCCGAUAAAAAUGACUCGAACGUCAGACCUUCUCGAAAACCCCAACCUUAAUUAUGAGACUUUUCUUUCUUUUGGCAUUUAAACGACCUACGACUUUUCUCUACAAUUUUUUUAAUAUGAAAUCAAAUUUUGUGUGAGUCUUUAAAAUUUUGUGUCUUAAUAUUUUAAAUUUUUUUUCUUCUCAAAAAUUUGUUAAAAUUUAAAUGAUUCUCUUAAAAUAUGUUGCCAGAUGGAGAAAGGAAAGUCUGUGGAUUUCUAAUAUUUUUUCAAUUUUCUGCGCGUAUUUUAUUACUCUAAUUAAAUUUAUCUACCUCCUACUAUACUAUUAUAUUUAUUUUUUAAGCAAUGGGGAAGAAUAAAUUGACAGUAUUCUUCCUCAUUUUGGGUGGGUUUUAAAUUAAAUAUUAUUGGUUUGUUGUGUGGAUGCUUUUUCUUUUUUUUUUGACUUUUUCUUCUUUUUUUUUUCUCUCUAUUUAAAUUUAAUAAAAUAUUUGGAGGGUUUACUAUUUUUAUGCCACACCCACAAAAUAAAAAUCUUUAAUAAAAAUAUUUUUAAAAACUUUUAAUUAUUAUUAUUCACACCUAUUGUAAGAAGAAAAAGAUGAGGGAUUUUUAUUAUUAUUUCUGGACCUAUUUUUCCCUAUUAAAAAAUUUUUUUCUCUAAAUUUUUUUCUUCAGUUUUAAUCAUAUACCUACCUUUAUUUAUAUUUAGUUUCAUUUUUAUGAUUUUUUUAUUUUAUUAUUUUGAGGAAAUUGAAAAGGAAUGGAAAAAUUUUUGUGAAUCAUAUUAAAUUUAUUAUUAUAUUUUUUAUUUCUAUUAUUAAUCCCUUAAACUAUAUUUUUGGGGGGAAAGAAGAAAUAAAAUAUUGUGUGUGAAAUGCAUGAAAAAGAUUUUUUUGGGAGGGGGGACAAAAUUAAGAUUAAAAAAUAAAGCAAAUUAAAUGAGACGUAAAUUGUUGUUGUGGCCAUUUUAUCUCCCUCAAAAAAAUUUUUUGUAAACGUGUGUGUGUAUUUGAGUGAGGUAUAGUAUAAUAGUAUUUUUAGGGGGAGAUUGAGGAAAGGUAGGGGAGGAAGUAGGAGGAGGAAGUAGGAAGAGAGGAAGAAAAGUAAUUGAGAUGAUGAGCAUUUAUUUAUUUAAAUCCGAAAAUUGGUUCUAUUAUUGAAAAUUAAAUAUUUAUAUAUUUUUUUAAAUUUUAGUUAGUUAAGAUGAUGAAGAUAAGGGAGAGGAAAGUGGUGGAUGUGUGGGUGAGGGGGAUGUGUGCGGAAGGAAGGGUGGGGUAAUUCUACUACUACAUAUUUUAGUUUCUUCCAAUUAUUUUUCAAUUUGUUUUGUUGUUUUUUUAAUCUCUUGUAAAAUCAAAAAAAAAUUUUUUAAUUUUUAAAUUGCCUUUAAUUUUUUCAACUCUUAACAAUUAAAUUAUUAAAAUUUCUCAUCUUGGGCAUAUUUGCUUUUUCAUAUUUUAAUUUGUGUUUUACGUAAAAUACUUUUUUAAAAUAUAAAAAAUUUAAUGAAAGACUUGAAGCUUUUUAAAGGGAGAAAUUUUUUGUGAGGAAAUUGGCUUUAAGUAUUAGCUGUGGAAAUUGGUUGAAAAGGUGGAAAGGAAGUGAGGUGAUUUUACUACUAUUUAGUUUUAGGUUAAAAGAAGCAAUAAAUAAAAACACACACACCUUUUAUUUUUUAUUUGCAACGGAUAUAGGGGUAAUUUAGCGAUUAUUUUGAAUGGAAAGGUAGAGGAUGAAGAAUGGAAGAAAAUUUUUUUUAUUUAUGUUCAUUUAAAUAUUUAAUAGGUAAUUUUGUUUUAAGAAAGAUUUUGUUGAUACUUGGAGAAGGGGAAAUUUAAUUUUGGAUAUGUGCUUUUGUAUUUCUCUGUUUUUGUGUUUGUGUAUAUUGUUGCUUGUUCAAAAAAUUAUUUUCUUGUGAAAUACUUGCGCGGAUGUUUCAAUGUGAGCUUAAUGUAUAACGUAGAAAUUUUUGGGAAAUUUUUGGGUUUUUUUAAUUGCUUUUAGAGGGUGAAAUUUGAUGGGGAAAUUAAAUUGAAAAGCAGAAAAAUUAAAGAGAGAAAAAAACCAGUUAUUUUUUCUAAAGAGAGGAGAGGCUAAUGACUGUAAAAAAUUAAAAUAAAUAAAAUAAUUAUGCAAAUUGACAGACG